UUAGUGGAAACAAAGUUUUUCAUUUCGGUAAAAUUCUUGAAAUUAUGUUGAAUAUAUCGCGGAAGUGUACAACGCGUGUUUUAAAACGCACUUUAAUCUUGUGCCAACGAGAAUUAGCUGGGGAUCCCAAUAAAGAACGAUCUCCCUUUUUAAAACGUAUACGUGAAGAAUUCGAAGCGGAUAAACAGGCGUUGAGUUGGCGUAAAACUCCUCCCCAAGUUGAUGGGUUCGAAAGUAAAUUGAAGCUCUUUGGGAAUGAUGAUCAAACGUCAGAUUAUAUAGUAAUGAUGCAAAAACCUAUGGACAUAAGCUCAUGGCUAUUAGCUAAGAAGAACAAAAAGGAAAAACAAGAGCGGUAUAUGCAACAAUUCGUCCCAGAAAGACAUAAUAUUUUGGGCAGUGAUUUAGCGUCAGCUCAUUUCGUUUUAUACCGUAGAGGGGCAGUAAAAUUUCUUAAUAUGCCUGGUUGGAUUCGAGCCAAUGAAGAUGGCGAAUUUAAUUUACCUUCCAAAUUUGAUCCUCAAUUUAAAGUGGAAGGCUUAAAAUGUGACAAUAUGACGCUGUAUUACGAGGGUUUGGACAAUAUAAGAUGGCUGCAACAUUUAAAGUUUCUAUCUUUUCACAAUGUUGGCACAUUCGAUGAUUGGUGCCUAGACCGCGUUUCCGGUUCGCAAUUUGAUAAAAUAGAAGUAUUGGAUAUAUCUGGAACAAAGUGCACGUAUCGCGGUUUAUCAUGUUUAUAUCGUUUAAAUUCCUUGAAGUUAUUAAUUGUGGACGACGUUAAGGAAUCCAUAGAAUUUGAAUUAUCAUGUUCUAUGCUCCAGGAAGUUCUACUUAAUUUAAAAAUAAACAGUGCGUCUGCUGUACACGUUUAAACGAUAUAUAUUAAA